AAAUGGUUGCCGGUUUAUAGAAGUCUGUUUAUAAAAGCUCUACUUAAUUAGUAUUAUAUUGUCUAAUUAUUGCAUCAAAAUGAUGUCUAUAGGGCCUAAAUUAGACGGCGGUCCUAAUACUAAAUAUUUCGAAAGUCCUGAAACCCAAAAUGCACUGGAAGGCGUGAAAAAUUGGCUACAAAAGAAUGCCAAGAAGUACCUCAACAAUGAACCUCUUACAAACAAAAGCAUUUCACAAACUGUGAUACAAUACUUACAAUUUCAAGAGGAAUUCUUGGGUAAAAGAGCUCAGAAGCCUCCAAUGACUAGAAUACCAGUAAGAUAUUUCCUGGACUUUAAACCAGGUGGGGGCUUAUGUCACUUACUAGCAGCAGCUUUUAAGUUCAAAACAGACAAUGGCUGGCGGCGUUGUGAAAUCCCAACCACAAAGAACCCAUCAAAGAUGGAUAAAGUGUUUGAGAUGUUUCAAGCAAUGGAAAAGGCCUUAAUACAAAAUAAGUUAUAUACUGUUCCCAUUAUUUAUAUUGAACCCAAUGUUGAUAAAGCAAUUGGGCAAAAAAUUAAAGAAAUUGUUAGGAAAAGAGGUGGACAGGUCAUAGACUCUGAAGAAAAUGCCACUCAUAUUCUUUAUAAUCCUGCAGAUUCCCCUGUGGAAGAGUAUGGAAGACCUGUGGCAAAAAGAGACAAGUUGGUACAAAUGCAUUGGUAUUACUUUCCAGAGUCUUAUGAUACAUGGGUUAAUUUAGAGUCUGUUGGUUUAGAAGGAAUGUCAGUGGACUGUGCAAGUCCUCAAACUGAGCCUUGGAGAGUAACCUAUGCCUGGAUCUUUGAUACAGAUCAAUACAAUGAGUGGAUGUCUGAAGAGGAUUAUGAAGUUGAUGAAAAUGGCAAGAAGAAAAUACAUCCAAAAUUAAUGUCUGUUGAAGACCUUAUGAAUCCCUUAGAAGAAGCACAUAACAAAAGGAAAGAUAGAAAAAGAAAGAGGUCACCCUCACCUAAAAGAGAGAAGAGGAAAAGUGGCAGAAACCUACAAGUACCUUCAAAAAAACCAGAAACAGAAGACCUAACAAAAGAUAUGGAAGAUCCAACACCUGAACCCAACAUUGUAGAAGUCACUCCAUCUCCUACAGGUAGCAGUAGUGGAAAUAAGAAGGACCAUGACUUACAACCAGUGAAAGGUGGAUCCCUAACAGAACUAGAUGAUGUCGAAGAGAAAACUGAAGAUCAGCCAUCUCCUACUGGAGACAAAGCUGAAAGUAACAAUGCCCCAGAUGAUGGGCAAGAAGACAAUGUCACUGAACAGACUCAUCAUAUUAUUAUUCCCUCAUAUUCCUCUUGGUUUGAUUAUAAUUCUAUUCAUGAGAUUGAGAAGAGAGCUAUGCCUGAGUUCUUUAAUGGAAAAAACAAAUCAAAGACUCCUGAAAUUUAUUUGGCUUAUAGGAAUUUAAUGAUAGACACCUACAGACUAAAUCCAACAGAAUACAUUACUAGUACAGCCUGCAGAAGAAACCUGGCAGGAGAUGUCUGUGCUAUCAUGAGAGUACAUGCUUUUCUAGAACAAUGGGGGCUCAUUAAUUAUCAAGUGGACACUGAUUCUAGACCUUCUGCUUUAGGGCCUCCACCUACAUCUCAUUUCCACAUAUUAUCUGACACUCCUUCUGGAUUACAGCCAGUUAAUCCACCCAAAAUGUCCCAACCAAGUGCUGCUAAAACUUUACUUGAUCUCGAUAAGCCAGAUGUUAAAAAGGUUGAGUCUGCUGAGCCAUUGGCUAGCUUUGGCCUAAAACUGGAUCAGUAUUCAAAGAAACCUGCUGUAUUGAGAAAUAAAACAGCUGCAUCCAUAACUAGGGACUGGACAGAGCAAGAAACUUUACUUUUAUUGGAAGGCCUUGAAAUGUAUAAAGAUGACUGGAACAAAGUGUGUGAACAUGUUGGUUCCAGAACUCAGGAUGAGUGUAUACUGCAUUUCCUUAGGCUUCCCAUUGAGGAUCCUUAUUUGGAGGAUCCUGAAGCUGGAGGUGCUCUUGGUCCUUUGGCUUACCAGCCAAUACCAUUUAGCAAAGCAGGCAAUCCCAUCAUGUCCACAGUGGCCUUUUUAGCUUCAAUUGUUGAUCCUCGUGUUGCAGCUGCUGCAGCUAAAUCAGCAAUGCAAGAAUUUGCCAGCAUUAAAGAUGAGGUGCCAGCAACUGUUAUGAAUGCACAUUUAAAAAGUGUGGAGGCAUCUUCUGCUUCAGGUAAAUACGAUCCUGCAGCUAAUUUGGCUUUGACAGGUAUUGCUGGUACUGCUCCUGACAAAGAGGAGGAGCCUACUAAGAAGGAAGAGAAAGAGGAAACUGCUGCUGAACCUAAGGAAGAAAAGGAGGAACAGUCAGUAAAACCGGAAAUUGAGGAUGCAGAAAUGGAGAGUCCUUCAGGAGAAAUAAAAGUUAAAGAUAGCGAAAUGCAGAGUGCAGCCGCCGCAGCUUUAGCCGCAGCAGCCGUUAAAGCGAAACAUCUUGCAGCCGUGGAGGAAAGAAAAAUUAAAUCACUUGUGGCCUUACUAGUAGAGACUCAAAUGAAGAAGCUUGAAAUAAAGUUACGUCAUUUUGAGGAACUGGAAACGACAAUGGAAAGGGAACGUGAGGGUCUCGAAUAUCAAAGACAACAGCUGAUCACUGAGAGGCAGCAGUUCCAUUUAGAGCAAUUAAAAGCUGCUGAGUUCAGGGCAAGGCAGCAGGCUCAUCAAAGGUUGCAAACAGAACAAGGACAAUGGCCAAUGCAACAUCCAUCAACAACUGGUCCGAAUGCGACUGACACUGGCCCAAGCACAACUCCUACACCUCCAUCUCCUCAAGCUACCCCACACCACCAUGUAGGUGAUGGCCAAGACAGUGAGUGAUGACUACUGGAAAUCUUGGAGGGAUGGCCAUAUGAUGGAAUAUUAUGAUCAGUGGAAUUGUAAAUAGGUAGGGGAGAGGUAAGAAGAAAAAGAUAAGAGGUAUAUAAGGAUUAAGAUCAGUUCUAAGGCGUUUAAAGAAUAAAAAGGUGUAUUUACAAAACUAGUAAGAAGGUCUUUCAAAAUAAGGUUUUGUUUUAAAAAAAAAAUAUUUUUUUUCUCAGUAAGGUCCACAAACUCGGAAAAUGCCUUAUAACCUAAGUGUAAAGUUAAUAAAUUUCAUUUGAAAAUUAACGAAUAUUUCUUAAUCAUGUGUGGACAUUCUCUUUAUUAUGUGGAUUUGGCUUUUUUUUUAAUAUUGUGUCCUCGACUAAAAUUAUGAUUGUAGAAUUUAUAAACUAUCUUAUAUUGGUUUUGGAGCAUUUUUGCUUAUAAAUUAAAAAUUAUUUAUAUUCACAAUGUCCAAAUGAGUAUAUAAAUCGAUCACCGUUAGUGCUAAAAAGUAUUUUUCUAGAUUACAUUAAGAUGAUUAUGAUUAAUUAAUUACUAAAAUUUUGUUAGAAUAGUUAUAGUAUUGUAUAGAUUUUAUAAUAAUGUAUAGAUUUAAUAAAAUUUAGUUUAGGUUUUCUUAGUGAUAGUGUUUUAGUUAUGUGUUAAGCAUAGUUUUUAGGUAGCAGCAUCAAAGAGAUAAAAAAUUUUCUUUUUAUUAACAUUUUUCUGUUAUAGAAAAUAAGCAAAAACCCUAUGCUUACCCUAUAUUAUAUUAGACAACUAAUUCAUUUACAUGUAUUGAAUUAUUGAUGAUUUAGUUAUUUAUAGUUGUAAUACAUUUUUGUAUUUAAUUUUAAUUCCGAAUGAAUAUCGAUUUUCAGCUUUAUUUUAUGAGAAACUUUUACAUUCUCGUGUUUCAUGCCUAUUUUGGUAUUCAAAAGCGAAUUGUAUUUGUUUAAAUGAUUGUAUUUGGGACCAAAAAAUAUUGUUAUACCAGGUCGUGGUUUCUAGGUUUUAUAGUCUAAAGACAUCUGUUUAUUUUUUGUUUAUUACCCAUGAGCAACAAUAAUAGAAUUUUUUUUUUAUUUACAGAUCUAGAGAAUAAAUUUAGUUACUUUAACAUAUUGAAGAGUGGGCGUAAAUCAAAAAAUAAAUAGUGUUCUUUACAAGUAACCGUUACCUUUGUAUGCCCUAUAUGGUCUCACUUAAUCGCAAACCUAUAGCUAUUAUUUUAUAUAUUUUGGGAUACAAUUUAAUUAAAUAUAUAUCAACAUUGGAAACGUUAAACAGGGCAGACGACUUUGCAUACUUUUUAUAAUUGAGCUCUUUUACAGACACUUUAUACAAAAAUCAGUUUCUUUAUUAAAUAGCUUUUCUUUCUUUA